AGCAGCAGAAAAGCAGCAGCAGCAACAGCAGCAGCAGCAACGUAGUCCACGUCGGCCCCCAGAGACAAACAAACAAACGCAAACGCACUUGAGAGAGAACGCGUGAAAGUGAAAAAAUACAAUUUUAAUUUGUGCAAGGUGCUUGGAGCCUUCAAGAGUGCCGUUGAGCCAAGUUAAUAAAUAGUAGGAACUUUAGUGAAUCGUACACUCGAAAAAAAGCCAAGUUCCGUUCUCAUUCAAAAGUGGCGCGACCUACACAAAUACACACAAGCGCACACACACACGCAAACAAGCUACGCAUACAGAUGCUGAUGAAAUUUUAGCGCGCUUUUGUGUUGUUCCUGUUUAAGCUACACACACAACAACAACAACAACAGCAGCAGCAGCAACAUCCACAGCAGCAGCAACAAAACGGGCAAUUUUAUACAAAACUACAAACUGCCUAAAAAAUUGUUAAACGUUACCACCGAUAACAAAAGUUAAACGCAGCGCCGCCCAAGAGUUUAUAAAUAUAUAAACAAAAACAGCAGCACAUAGUUUAAAGAGCUUUCAAUGGAUUUAAAACAUAGCGCCGCCACUGGCGCUGCCGAGGCAAGUGAUGCCUACAUAGCCAGCAAGUCCACAGACAUGAUAUCGCCCAAGGAUAGCAAACCACCCAAGGCGGAUAUUGUGGCAACCGAAGGCUAUAAAGUCUAUGCACGUCGCUGGGCGGUGCUUAUACUCUUUGUAUUCUAUUCAGCAUCCAAUGCCAUGCAGUGGGUGCAGUACACCAUCAUCAACAAUAUAAUCACACGCUACUAUGGCAUUAGCGACAAGUGGGUGGACUGGACCUCGAUGAUAUAUAUGAUACUGUAUAUUCCACUUAUAUUUCCGGGCAGCUGGUUUCUGGAUAAAGCGGGCUUGCGUGUCACUGCCUUGGUGGGUGUGGUGGGCACUUGUGUGGGCGCCUGGAUUAAAGUUUUCAGUGUGGAUCCAUCGCUGUUCUAUGUGGGCUUUAUAGGCCAAGCUAUUGUAGCGCUAGCUCAGGUCUGCAUAUUGUCGCUGCCUGCGCGCUUGGCUGCUGUUUGGUUUGGACCUGAUCAAGUGUCGUCUGCCACCAGCGUGGGCGUGUUUGGUAAUCAGUUGGGCGUGGCCAUGGGUUUUGUGCUGCCGCCCAUGUUGGUGCCAAACUCAGAGAGUCUGGACACAGUGGGCAAGGAUCUGCAGAUGAUGUUCUAUUUGGUGGCAGGACUAACCAGCGUGCUGCUGGUGCUCAUGGCCAUAUUCUUUCAGGAUAAGCCGCCCACGCCGCCGUCUGCUGCGCAGGAAGCUGCACAACGCUUGGAGGGCUUGGCUGCCGAGGAUCAGGUCAGCUUUAUGCAGUCGCUUAAGAAUCUAAUGACCAAUCGCAACUUCAUCUUUCUGCUGCUGUCCUAUGGCAUCAAUGUGGGUGUAUUCUACGCCAUUUCCACGCUGCUCAAUCCGGUGGUGCUCAAGUAUUAUCCGGGUCAUGAGGUGGACACGGGACGCAUUGGUCUUAGCAUUGUGCUGGCCGGCAUGCUGGGUUCGGUUGUGUCUGGAAUUGUUUUGGAUAAAACGCAUAAAUUCAAAGAAACAACGCUGGCCGUCUAUGCUUUAUCUAUGGUUGGCAUGUGGAUCUUCACCUUCACCUUGGACACCGGACACAUUGCAGUGGUGUAUCUAACCGCCUCGCUGUUGGGCUUCUUUAUGACUGGCUAUCUGCCCGUGGGCUUUGAGUUUGGCGCAGAGUUGACCUUUCCGGAGCCAGAGGGCACAUCGUCGGGUCUGUUGAAUGCCUCGGCGCAGACCUUUGGCAUUUGUUUUACGCUCUUCUACUCCGAGCUCUUCUACUCGUAUGGCGACGUGCCCGCCAAUGUAGCGAUGGCUCUCAUGCUCAUCCUUGGCACGGCCAUUACCGCCGCCACACGCUCCGAUUUACGGCGACAGAAUGCACAAGUGGUCGGCAGCAAUGCAGCCAGCAAUCCAUAAGCACACACACAGGGAUACACACACACAAACACAUAC